AGGCGCAGAGGGCGGCGUUGAGGCCGGCGGAGCGGCGGGACCCCUAGGUGGCGGAGGGACGCUCGGGGGACGCGAGGGGCGCUAAGAGCUCUGGCCCACGUGACCUGCCGGGGGCGGGAGCAGGGGGCGCGCCGGCCUCCCGCGGUGCCCCUGCCUGGGGGAGGGGCCGUGACCACCCGCCUGUCGCCCGAGGCGGUCGCCGCUGCACCUUCACCGCGUACCCGGGACCCGCCGGCCCGCGGGAGAAAUGUUGCUGAAGUGCUGCUGAAAGGGCCAGAGAUGCAAGGAUUUGGGACACAUUUUGAACCUUUAAGCUGUCUGACAUUGACCUCCUUUCGUUAUUAAUAAAGAAGAAGCAGGAGCUUAGGAUGUAUUAACACCAACUCAUUAAUAUACUAACCGGACAAUGUUCUACAAAUAAUUCUACACUGUAAAGGACUGGAUUGGCACAAAAUAAAAUAAUUUCAUUUUAUUCAGCUUAUAAUAUGACUUGAUGGAGGAAAAUUUGAUAAGCAUGAGGGAAGACCAUUCUUUUCAUGUUCGUUACAGAAUGGAAGCUUCUUGCCUAGAGCUGGCCUUGGAAGGGGAACGUCUAUGUAAAUCAGGAGACUGCCGCGCUGGUGUGUCAUUCUUUGAAGCUGCAGUUCAAGUUGGAACUGAAGACCUAAAAACACUUAGUGCUAUUUACAGCCAGCUGGGCAAUGCUUAUUUCUAUUUGCAUGAUUAUGCCAAAGCAUUAGAAUAUCACCAUCAUGAUUUAACUCUUGCAAGGACUAUUGGAGACCAGUUGGGGGAAGCGAAAGCUAGUGGUAAUCUGGGAAACACCUUAAAAGUUCUUGGGAAUUUUGAUGAAGCCAUAGUUUGUUGUCAGCGACACCUAGAUAUUUCCAGAGAGCUUAAUGACAAGGUGGGAGAAGCAAGAGCACUUUACAAUCUUGGGAAUGUGUAUCAUGCCAAAGGGAAAAGUUUUGGUUACCCUGGUCCCCAGGAUGAUGUAGGAGAAUUUCCAGAAGAAGUGAGAGAUGCUCUGCAGGCAGCCGUGGAUUUUUAUGAGGAAAAUCUAUCAUUAGUGACUGCUUUGGGUGACCGAGCAGCACAAGGACGUGCCUUUGGAAAUCUUGGGAACACACAUUACCUCCUUGGCAAUUUCAGGGAUGCAGUUAUAGCUCAUGAGCAGCGUCUCCUGAUUGCAAAAGAAUUUGGAGAUAAAGCGGCUGAAAGAAGAGCAUAUAGUAACCUUGGAAACGCAUAUAUAUUUCUUGGUGAAUUUGAAACUGCCUCAGACUACUACAAGAAGACACUACUGUUGGCUCGACAGCUUAAAGACCGAGCUGUAGAAGCACAGUCUUGUUACAGUCUUGGAAAUACAUAUACUUUGCUUCAAGACUAUGAAAAGGCCAUUGAUUAUCAUCUGAAGCACUUAGCAAUUGCUCAAGAGCUGAAUGAUAGAAUUGGUGAAGGAAGAGCAUGUUGGAGCUUAGGAAAUGCAUACACAGCACUAGGAAAUCAUGAUCAAGCAAUGCAUUUUGCUGAAAAGCACUUGGAAAUUUCAAGAGAGGUUGGGGAUAAAAGUGGUGAACUAACAGCACGACUGAAUCUCUCAGACCUUCAAAUGGUUCUUGGUCUGAGCUACAGCACAAAUAACUCCAUAAUGUCUGAAAAUACUGAAAUUGAUAGCAGUUUGAAUGGUGUACGCCCCAAGUUGGGACGCCGGCACAGUAUGGAAAAUAUGGAACUUAUGAAGUUAACACCAGAAAAGAUACAGAACUGGAACAGUGAAAUUCUUGCUAAGCAAAAACCUCUUAUUGCCAAACCUUCUGCAAAGCUACUCUUUGUCAACAGACUGAAGGGGAAAAAAUACAAAACGAAUUCCUCCACUAAAGUUCUCCAAGAUGCCAGUAAUUCUAUUGACCACCGAAUUCCAGAUUCUCAGAGGAAAAUCAGUGCAGAUGCUAUUGGAGAUGAAGGGUUCUUUGACUUAUUAAGCCGAUUUCAAAGCAAUAGGAUGGAUGAUCAGAGAUGUUGCUUGCAAGAAAAGAACUCCCAUACAGUUUCAACAACAACUUCUUCCACUCCCCCCAAAAUGAUGCUAAAAACACCGUCUGUUCCUGUGGUAUCCCCCAACACGGAUGAGUUUUUAGAUCUUCUUGCCAGCUCACAGAGCCGUCGUCUGGAUGACCAGAGGGCUAGUUUCAGUAAUUUGCCAGGGCUUCGUCUAACACAAAACAACAGCCAGUCGGUACUUAGCCACCUGAUGACUAAUGACAACAAAGAGGCUGAUGAAGAUUUCUUUGACAUCCUUGUAAAAUGUCAAGGAUCCAGAUUAGAUGAUCAAAGAUGUGCUCCACCACCUGCUACCACAAAGGGUCCGACAGUACCAGAUGAAGACUUUUUCAGCCUUAUUUUACGGUCCCAGGCAAAGAGAAUGGAUGAACAGAGAGUUCUUUUACAAAGAGAUCAAAACAGAGACACUGACUUUGGGCUAAAGGACUUUUUGCAAAGUAAUGCUUUGUUGGAAUUUAAAAAUUCAGGGAAAAAAUCAGCAGACCACUAGUUACUAUAGAUGUAUUUUUUUUUUCCUUUCAGAACACGGUAAGGAAACAAUCUAUUAAUUUUUUCCUUAAAAGGAGAAUUUAUAGCACUGUAAUACAGCUUAAAAUAUUUUUAGAAUAAUGUAAAUAGUUAACCUUCAGUAGUCUAUUAAGGCAUCACUACUUCUCUGGACACGCGCAUGUUUGAGGGUGGAGGUGUCCUGUAAAGGUGCUUCAUCAUCUGAGAUUACUUGGGAUGUGUUCUUUGGCAGCUUGUUAGGUUACUUUACCUAGUGUUUGUAAAGUAGGAAGUUAAGUGAAUCAUAGAUUAGAAUUUAAUCCUCUUAUGGAAAUAAUUUUUUAAAAUCUUGACAAUGGCAUUUUUUUUUACACAUAACCAUGGAUGUAGUGGGAAACAAUGCUGUUUAGUAAAAAUAAUGUACUUGAUCAAUGUAAAAAAGCAUAUAAAAUAGUCUUAUUAAAAAUCUAGUUUUUUUUUUUCUCCA